UGCUGAUCUGAGGUCUGCAGUGCAGCAGGAUCCUGCAUCUUCCCUGAAGCAUCUCCAGGGCCUGGAUGACCACUGUCCGUGGCCCCGUGGUCUCCUCCAUCUGCACAGUGAGAGUGCUCAGAGCAGGCACCAUGACUUCCAUCCUCUCUGCUCUUCUCUGCCUCGGGCUGAGUCUGGUUCUGAGGACCCGAGUGCAGGCAGAGACCCUCCCCAAACCCACCAUCUGGGCUGAGCCAGGCUCUGUGAUCCCCUGGAGGAGGCCUGUGACUGUCUGGUGUCAGGGGACCCUGGAGGCCCAGGAGUACCAUCUGGAUAAAGAGGGAAGCCCAAAGCCGUGGAGCAGACAGAGCCCACUGAAGCCAGAGGACAAAGCCAAGUUCUCGAUCCCACACAUGGCAGAGCAAUAUGCAGGGAGAUAUCACUGUUACUAUCUUAGCCACAUUGGCUGGUCAGAGCACAGUGACCCCCUGGAGCUGGUGGUGACAGGAGUCUACAGCAAACCCUUCCUCUCAGCCCUGCCGAGCCCUGUGGUGACCUCAGGAAGGACCGUGACCCUUCAGUGUGACUCAUGGCUGGGAUUUGACAGAUUCAUUCUAACUAAGGAAGGAGAACAUAAGACCUCCUGGACCCUGAACUCACAGCAACACCCCAACGGGCAGUCCCAGGCCCUGUUCCCUGUGAGCCACGUGAUGCCCCACCACAGGUGGAUGUUCAGAUGCUAUGGCUUUUACAGGUACAGGCCCCAGGCGUGGUCAGACCCCAGUGACCCCGUGGAGCUCCUGGUUCCAGGUGUGUCUGGGAAGCCCUCCCUCCUGACCCAGCAGGGCCCUGUCGUGGCCUCUGGACAGAACCUGACCCUCCAGUGUCUCUCUGAUGUUGGCUAUGACAGAUUUGCUCUGUCCAAGGAGAGGGGAUGUGACCUCCCCCAGGGCCUUGCUCGGCAGCCCCAGGCUGGGCUCUCUCAGGCUGACUUCUCCCUGGGCCCUGUGAGACCUUCCCACGGGGGCCAGUACAGAUGCUAUGGUGGGCACAACCUCUCCUCCAAGUGGUCGGCCGCCAGUGACCCCCUGGACAUCCUGGUGGCAGGACAGCUCCCUGACACACCAUCUCUCUCGGUGCAGCCGGGCCCCACGGUGGCCUCAGGAGAGAACGUGACCCUGCUGUGUCAGUCACGGAGCCCGAGAGACACUUUCCUUCUGUCCAAAGAAGGGACAGCUGAUCCCCCCCUGCGUCUUAGAUCAGAGUACCAGGCUCAGCAGUACAAGGCCCAAUUCUCCAUGAGUCCUGUGACCUUAGCCCACGGGGGGACCUACAGGUGCUACAGCUCACACAGCACCUCCCCCUACCUGUUGUCACAACCCAGUGACCCCCUGGAGCUCAUGGUCUCAGGUGAGGGGCCUUUCAAAUGGUACCUGAAGCCUCUGAUCGGGAUCUCGGCGGCCUUUGUCCUGAUGCUCUCCCUCCUCCUCUUGCUUCUCAUCUGUCAUCGGCAUCACGGCAAAUGCAGGACAUCGGCAGAUGCUGCCGUGAAGGACACACAGCCUGAGGAGGGGGUGGAGCUGGAGCAUCAGGUGAGACCCCCGCUCCUGUCCAGGCCACCCAGGACAUUCCUGUUGCCAAACUUAAUCCAAUGGACACUUCCUGUCCUCAUAUCACCCAACUCUCAGCAGCGUCCCACACUGACCUCUCCUCUCGGGCACCCUGGGUCGUCAUGCUGUGACUUCACUCCUCCUGGUUUCUGUGACCUCAUGGCUCCUCCCUCAUGAUCCCCUUUCCUGGUUCCUCAUCCUCUGUCUGAACUUCUGGUUGUUGGAGUG